AUGUCUGUGACUCAAGUGGAAGAUCGCUUUCAUUCUUGCACAAACUGGUCUUCUAAUAUGUCAGUGAAUGGGACUCAGGAACCCUUUGCAAGCCCUCUCGCAGACUACGAUGAAGAAGAAUUUCUACAAUAUCUCUGGAAAGAAUAUCUGCAUCCCAAGGAAUAUGAAUGGGUACUCAUUGUUGGCUAUAUUAUUGUAUUUCUUGUGGCUCUCAUAGGAAACAUCCUAGUUUGUGUUGCAGUGUGGAAAAAUCAUCACAUGAGGACUGUGACCAAUUACUUCAUUGUCAACCUCUCCUUGGCCGAUGUCCUGGUCACCCUCACUUGCCUUCCUGCAACAUUAGUGGUGGAUAUCACCGAGACGUGGUUCCUUGGAAACAGCCUCUGUAAGGUGAUCCCUUAUUUGCAGACCGUGUCAGUCUCUGUUUCUGUACUGACCCUUAGCUGCAUCGCCCUGGAUCGAUGGUAUGCAAUUUGUCACCCGCUGAUGUUCAAAAGCACAGCCAAGCGGGCCAGGAACAGCAUUCUUGUUAUCUGGAUGGUCUCCUGCCUUAUCAUGAUCCCCCAGGCAAUUGUUAUGGAGUGCAGCAGCAUGUUUCCUGGGUUAGCUAACAAGACCAUCUUGUUCACCGUCUGCGAUGAGCGUUGGGGAGCGGAAUUUUUCCCCAAAAUGUAUCACACCUGUUUCUUCCUGAUAACCUAUCUGGCUCCAUUGUGUCUUAUGGUGCUGGCCUACUUACAGAUAUUUCAAAAGCUGUGGUGUCAGCAGAUUCCAGGAACGUCAUCCAUCGUUCAGAGGAAAUGGAGGCCGCUGCAAUCCACAGCACAGACGCGGGAACUGGGACCACCAGCACACUUGAGGAUUAGUGUGGUGGCAGCUGAAAUCAAGCAGAUUAAAACCAGGAGGAAAACAGCCCGGAUGCUGAUGGUUGUGCUCUUGGUUUUUGCCUUCUGCUAUCUCCCCAUAAGCAUUCUCAACAUUUUGAAAAGAGUUUUUGGGAUGUUUAACAAUGCUGAAGAUCGAGAAACAGUGUAUGCUUGGUUUACUUUCUCCCACUGGCUUGUAUACGCAAAUAGUGCAGCCAACCCAAUUAUUUACAACUUUCUUAGUGGAAAAUUUCGGGAAGAAUUUAAAGCUGCUUUUUCUUGCUGCUGCUUUGGUCUUGGCCAUCACCAAAACGCCCCAUCCAGAGGAAGAAGAAGCAUGGACAGUCGGAAGUCCCUGACUACCCAGACCAGCAAUUUUGAUCAUGCUGCAAAGCUCUCAGAACAUGUUGCCUUGACCGGUAUAGUCUCACUGCCCACAAAUGGCCCUGGAUUUAUUGGGAGCUGA